AUGUUUGAUUCUUCCGAUAGUAUAAUUCGAAAUAAUUUACCCGAUGGAGAAUUCAAAGGCCCUAUUCAUCAUCUUUUGAGUAACAGAGUAGUGUUGCAAGAAGGUGAUAUUUAGGGAGGAAGCUUCAAUUCUUUUACAGUACCUGAAAACAUUAUCUUGUAAAAUACACCUCCUCGAACUCCCAAGAAUAUGGAGAGAUUCAAAACUAUGGGAGGAAGAAAGUCUGAAUUUCAAUCUGCCUAUGAAGGAGAAGAAGUUGAUUCUGUAAAGGAUAGCAAGCCUUAAUUUUUGAGAUUAAUCAUAGCAAAAAGUUUACAAAAUAACUUCAUCAACAAUCUGUGGAAUAGAUCUUAUUUAAGAAAACUUCAUCAAUUGUCUGCUUAUUAAAUUGAAUAGCUAGAUGAUUUAUAAUUUGAAUCAGAUGCCUUUUCAAAUAUAACUCAUUUAAAUUAGAGAUCCUUAAUUCAAUCUCUAGCCUUCUGGAACUUAAUUGAUGUAUUUACUCCUUAUAGCAAAUUCAUUGUAAUUUGGGAUGUCUUCCAAAUUCUUACAUAUAUUAUGAUCUUUUUUUGGUUACCUUACAAGAUCUCAUUUGAAAUAUAUUAUAUAAGUGAAUUAUUUAAUGGAGACAAUGGCAGCUAAAUUAUAGAAAUAGUGCUUCUCUCAAUUUUAGCACUGGAUGUAGUUGUUGGACUCAAUUUAGCAUUUAUUUAUAAAGGAUAAAUUAUAAAGGAUCGGAAAAGAGUAAUCAUCAAUUAUUUCAAUUAAUAUGCAUUUGUUGAUUUGGUAAAUAUUAAAUUUUAUUUAUGGUCUCCUUAUCCACAGUUUCAGCUUAAUUCUUUAUUCCAAACCUUAGUUCUAAAGACAGCAACAUGCUAAUCAUUCAAAUAGUACUAGGUGCAAUCUUUUACAUUCUCAGAAUUACAAAAAUCAAUAAAAUUUUAGCUUAAAUCUAAGAGUAAUUAUAAUUCUAUCUAGAUUCUUUAAUCUCAAUGGAUCACUUAAUGAUAUGGUUGGUCUUAUGAAAUUACUAAUGAUCAUCAUAUUUAUAGCACAUAUCUGUGGAUGUACAUGGCAUGGUAUAGCUCAUUACACUACAGCUUUUUCUUGGUUGGAUGCCUACAACUUAAGAGAAAGAACCAAUGGCACUCGAUACAAUUAUUCAAUUUAUUGGGCAACCAUGACAAUGACAACUGUUGGUUAUGGAGAUAUUACAGCCCAAAAUGACCUCGAAUUACUAAUUAAUAACAUAACUAUGUUUGUAGCAAGCAUAGUUUUUGCAUAUUCUGUUAAUAGUAUAGGAAUAUUUGUGUCUAAUAUGUAUAAAGGAACAAUGGAAUACAGUAGAUCAGUUACUCUGAUCAAUACAUUUAUGUCUAAGAAUAAAAUUUAAUUUGAUUUACAGACUAGAAUAAGAAGUUAUUUAGAAUAUAUUUGGCAAGAAGAAUAAGAAAUGAAUGAUGACGAAGUUGGUUCUAUUGUAAAAAAGUUGAGUAGACAUCUUUAAGAUGAAUUACAAUAUUAAUUAAGAGGAAAUAUUCUAAAGAAUUGUAAGAUUGUUAUGAAAUUGUUUUCUGAACAAUUCCUCAAGAAUCUCCUUCAGUCUAUGGAGGAAUUAUCAUUUAGUCCAGAAGAGAGAAUAAUUACAUGUAAUUAAAUAGAUGAUUGUUCAUUAUAUAUAAUUACUAAAGGAGAAGUUGAAUUAUUAUUCUCAGGUAAAAAUUAAUUAGGAGAUAUGAUAAAGAGAAAUUCGAUCAAAUUACUCAAAUAAUAUGAAUGUUUUGGGGAAGUUGCAUUUUUCACAGGAAAUCCUAGAACAGCUACUGCAAUUUCUAAAGGAUUUACUAGAGCAUUUAAAAUAAAAAGAGAAAACUUUUUAGCUAUUUUAUAAUCAUUUCCAAAUGAUUAUGAAAAGUUUUGUGAUGCCAGAGAUAGAUUAAUUAAUAAUGAAUUCUCAUCUCUUUAAUUAAAUUGUUAUAGUUGUAAUAGUAAUAGACAUCUUAUAAAUAAUUGUCACAUUUUACAUUUUUGUGCUGAUCAAGAAAAGAUACUGAAAAAAGAAUUAUUUCCAGUAGAAUAAAGAAGAAGCAUGGCAUUCAAUAGAAUAAAAAAAACAAAGGCAGUUUGUGCAUUUACUAUGUAGAAAUAUUAUUCAGGAAGAGCACAUGAUUUAAUUUAGGAUCUGUAUCAAUAAGAUAGAGGUGGAACUGAUAUAGAUGAUGGAGAUUCACAUACAAUGCCAAUGAAUGAUGCAUAUGAAGAUGAUGAUGGUAAACUGAUAAUUUUAAUUAUUAGAUUUACCUUCAUCUAUGAAUCAAUAAAGAAGUUAAUCAAGAACUAUGAGUAAGUUAAGUUCAAAAUAACCACAAUAAUAAGAAGGUGAAGAUGAAGAAUAAUAAAAUAAAGGAUAUCUUCGUAAAUCAUAUCCUCCAAGAUAAACUGUUUAAACAGCUGGAUUUGGAGGUAAUACAAAAAAUAAAGAUAGUAUUAUAUUAAUAUAAUAAUAAUAGUUACAUGGAAUGUAGAAUAAUUAAGUGAUUCUUUAAAUUCAUCAGAAGAAUAAGAUUAAGUUAUACCAUUAUAAUCACAUCCUUAAUAAAAAUAAAAUGAAUAGAAUAAUAAAUAAUAACCAAUAAAAAGAUAACUCUCUAGAAGUGGCUCAGCUGAUGAUCCUUCUAAAGUUCCUACAGAAAUUCGCCUUGCUAAAUAAUAAAUUUCAUAGAAAAAUCAAUCUGAUCUUGAAAUUCGUCAUGCCUUAUCAAGAGAAUAAGCAAGAAAAAUAACAGGUAGAACAAGAACACAUAAUGAUGAUCCAACUUUGAUCACUGAUAAUUUAACUUAAAAUAAUGCAGGUUAAUUAUUAUAAGCUCCUACGAUUACUACAAUUGUCUUAGCUUUUGAUAAAAUGUGUAUCUUUUAAUUUUAUUAACCAUUAAAUAAUUAUGAUGCUGUAAUCAAAAGGUAUAUAUAUUUUUUAUAUUUAUUAAGAUAUGCAAGAGCAUAAAAAUUCUUUGGUAAGAAGAGAUUAUAUCCUGAGACAUCUCUAUAUUCAUUCUAUUUUAUGGCAAUUAAAAAAGGAUAUAAACUAAAAAAAUUAGGAUAAUCGAUCCCUAAUGGAUUAUAGAGAUUCUCUGCUGGUGCUAAAUUACUAAAAAAAGCAGUAAAAAGAAUAAAAUAACCUACAUUAGCAGAAAAAAGUGAUAUUUUUGUUUAAAUUAAAUGA